AUGUUGUCCAGAUUGGGUUUCAGAGCUGCCGGUAGGCUCCCACGCUUGUCGAUGAGCAGUAUUAGAAGUUUGACCACUGAAACCACAAUCACAGACCAUGCCACCGGUAGAGUGAUCAAGUUGACAGACCCAGCACACCCAGAGUUGGCAGACUACCCCAAUCCAAAGCCCGAACUAGCACAAGACAAGGACCCAUAUGCCAAGUACGAUUUUCCACAAAUGAGAAGGAACUACGGUGACAAAUUGAACAUUGACGAUGACUUGUACGACAUGUGGUCGCCAGACUAUUUUCAGUUCGUUUCCGACAGCACUGCCUUAAAACACAAUGCCAUUUUCUUCUCCACCAUCCUAGCCCUUGCUGGAGCUGUAUACUUCCUUGAGCUCAACCCAGAAAAGCCAGCCAUGCCUAGAGCUUACCCAUACAACGGUUUGGCUAAGGACUUGGGCUCGGGCUCCGAGAAGACAGACUACUUUUACAAAGUCAGAACUGACGAAGGUGCUGCCGAACUUGGUGUGUUAUCAGAGGAUGACGAUGUCAAGGCCCAAAGGGUUGCUUACGAGGAGGCCAACUCUGACUUCAUCAAGGCUUGA